AUGAUACCAUGGAGUCCAGUGCUAGGUGCUCUCCUCCUGCUCACCAUGGGAUACCUGUGUGUGUCUCGGCUGUUCCGACAGCGCAGGACCCAGGAGCCCCCUCUGGAUAAGGGCUUGGUGCCCUGGCUGGGUCAUGCCAUGGCUUUCCGGAAGAACAUGUUUGAGUUCUUGAAAAGAAUGCGGGCCAAGCAUGGUGACGUGUUCACAGUGAAGCUCGGGGGUCAGUAUUUCACCUUUGUCAUGGACCCCCUCUCCUUUGGCCCCAUCAUCAAGGACAAAAAGAGAACACUAGACUUUGUGAAGUAUGCAGAAAAACUAGUGCUGAAGACAUUUGGGUACCAGCCCAUGGAGGGUGACCACCAGAUGAUACACUCAGCUAGCAUAAAGUAUCUGAUGGGGGACAGCCUGGAGGACCUCAACAAGGCUAUGCUGGACAGCCUAUCCUUGGUGAUGCUGGGACUCAAAGGUUGGAGUUUGCAAGCUACUUCUUGGCAUGAGGGUGACCUCUUUCACUUUUGCUACAACAUCUUGUUCAAGGCCGGCUACCUGACUUUGUUUGGAUACACAAAGGACAAAGAACAGGACCUGUUACAGGCUGAAGAGAUGUUCAUAAAAUUCCGCAGAUUUGACCUUCUAUUCCCCAGGUUCGUCUACUCCCUGCUGGGGCCCCGGGAAUGGCUAGAAGUAGGCCAGCUCCAGAGUCUCUUUCACCAAAGACUGUCUUUGGAGCAAAAGGAGAAGGAUGGUGUGAGCAACUGGCUGGGCUACAUGCUUCAGCAUCUGAGGGAGCAGAGGGCUGCGUCAGCCAUGGAGGUCAAAUUCAACUUCAUGUUGCUCUGGGCCUCCCAGGGGAACACGGGACCAACCUCUUUCUGGGCCCUCUUAUUCCUUCUCAAACACCCAGAAGCCAUGAAGGCUGUGAGGGAAGAAGCCACCCAUGUCCUGAGUGAGGCCAGGUUGGAAGCCAAGCAGUCCUUCCCAUUCAAAUUGAGCGCUUUGAAAUGCACUCCAGUGCUAGACAGCGUGAUGGAGGAGACGCUGCGCCUGGGUGCCACACCCACCCUCAUCAGGGAGGUACAGGAAGACUACAUCCUGAAAAUGGCCAGUGGGCGGGAGUACCAGAUCCGCCGUGGAGACAAACUGGCUCUCUUCCCCUACCUCUCAGUGCACAUGGACCCUGACAUCCACCCCGAACCCACAGCCUUCAAGUAUGAUCGCUUCCUCAACCCUGAUGGCACCAGGAAAGUGGACUUCUUCAAGCGAGGCAAGAAAAUCCACCACUACACCAUGCCCUGGGGCUCGGGGGUCUCCAUCUGCCCAGGCAGGUUCUUUGCCCUCAGUGAGAUGAAGAUGUUUGUCCUGCUCAUGGUCACAUACUUUGAUUUAGAGCUGGUGGACCCUGACACUCCUGUGCCUGCUCUUGACCCACAGCGCUGGGGCUUCGGCACCUCACAGCCCGUCCAUGACGUGCGCUUCCGCUACCGCCUGAAGCCUAUGCGGUGA